UGUUUUGUUUUUUUUGUUGUUUGUUUUUUUUUGUGAGCGAACCUGAGUGAUGUUGCUCCUCUGCAGGUCCACCUGUGGGUUUCUCCUCUGCUCCUUGCUGCUGCUCCAAACGGCGCGCUCCUCCUCUGCGCUAAUUACAGGUACAGAGGCCAGCUGUGAGAAUGAAGGAGAAGUUCUCCACAUCCCCAACAUCACGGACAACCCCUGCAUCACCUGUGUCUGUCUGGAAGGGAAGGCAGACUGUAAACAAGAGAAAUGUCCGUUAGUCUCUGAAGACUGUGCAUUGGUGGUGAAACAAACCGGAGCCUGCUGCGAGAGGUGCAAAGGUUGCAUGUUGGAUGGACGGUCCUAUAAUAGUUCCGUAUCCUGGACCAGCUCCCCUAAACCGUGUGUAACCAGACGCUGUCAGGAAGGUGUCAUCACUGAGGCAGAAGUCCAGUGUGUCAUCCACUGCAAGAAUCCUAAAAUCCAUCCAAAGAAGUGCUGCCCGACCUGCCCCAGUUGUAUCUUUGAGGGUCGUCUGUACAAAGAGAAGGAGGAGUUCAGUCCAGAGGGAAAACCCUGUAUCAGGUGCACAUGCACUGGAGGCCGGACUCUGUGCAUGAGGGAGGUGUGUCCUGUCCUUUCAUGUCCUGCACACCUCACCCACACCCCACCUGGGCAGUGCUGUCCCAGAUGUCUUGGUCAGAGGAAGGUGUUUGAUCUGUCUUUAGGCAGUUGUCUGUUCCACAGCGAGGUCUACGAGAAUGACACGUCCUUUAUACAUGACAACUGUACCACCUGCACCUGCAAGGAUUCCACAGUAGUGUGCAAGAGGAGAUGCUCACAGCCGGGGAGCUGUCAUGGUCAUCAGUGCUGUGAGGAGUGCAUGUCCUACGUGAAGGUGGAGGAGGUGAAAUACUGCAGAGUCCGGAACAAGAUCUACAGGGAAGGUGACAUGUGGUCGUCAGUUAACUGCACUCUUUGUGCCUGUGUUAAAGGCAAUAUUGAGUGUCGACCCAAGCAGUGUGUCCCAAUCAUCAGCUGCCCUUCGAAUAAGAUCCUGAACAGAACUGGCUGCUGUCCCGUUUGCACUGAAAAGCCUGGUGUAUGUACAGUUUUUGGAGACCCGCACUACAACACCUUCGAUGGCAGGACCUUUAACUUUCAGGGAACCUGCCAGUAUGUGCUGACCCGUGAGUGUGGUGGCGCCCUCUCUGGAGGACCAGGGAAUAAUGUCAACAUUAACAGCCUAGACUCCAGCUUCACAGUUCUGGUGAAGAACGACGCCCGAAGAACUCGCUCCUUCUCCUGGACUCAGUCUGUUGAGGUGAGGCUGGGAGAUUUGAUUCUAAGUCUCCACCAGCACCUGACAGUCCGGAGGAACGGCAGCCGUAUUGCUCUGCCGUACCAUGGCCCCGGGGUGCACAUCGACCUGGAUGGAUACUUGCUGAAGCUCACCACCAUUGCAGGCCUGGAGAUUACAUGGGAUGGAGACAGUUUUGUGGAGGUUGUGGCUGCACCCCACCUGCGGGGACGCCUUUGUGGCCUUUGUGGGAACUACAAUGGUCAAAAGCGUGAUGACACCUUGGGAGGAGAUGGACAGUUCAAGUUUGAUGUGGACGAUUUUGCAGAGUCAUGGCGAGUAGAGGGCAAUGAGGUUUGCGCCCAGCAGCAUCAUCCGCGCCGGCCAGCAACCUUUCUAUGCCCGGGCAGUGUCAAGGUCAAGUUUCGCGCUCACCGGGAGUGUCAGAAGAUAAAGUUGUGGGAGUUUCAGAAGUGCCACAGCACGGUUGACUUUGGCCCUUUCUACAGGUCGUGUGUGACGGACAUGUGUGAGUGUCCUGUCCAUAAGAACUGCUACUGCGAGUCAUUCAUCGCCUACAGCCGAGCUUGUGAGAGGGAGGGUGUACCCGUCCUCUGGAGGCCAGAUACCGCUUGUGUGGCUACCCAGUGUAAACAUGGCGCAGUGUAUGACACCUGUGGUCCAGGCUGCACCAAAACCUGCGACAAUUGGAACGAGAUCGGACCAUGCCACAAGCCCUGUGUAGCCGGGUGCCAUUGCCCUGCCAACCUAGUGCUGUUCCAGGGCCGCUGCAUUAAACCCACAGCCUGUCCUGGUCGGUGACCCUUGUGAACUUUGGGGGGGGGGGGGGGGGGGGGUGUGUGAAGGAACAGGUGGAUAUUUAGUAACAAUCUUAGGGGGCCAAACUAGACAAAAGUAAAAAAGAAAUAGAGGCCAAAAGGAGCUCAAAACAGUCCUGGGUUCAAAUGAAACAUUUUAUUGGGACACAUCUAUCACAGACAGAGUGUGACGCUACAGUAAUAUCACAUCAGACAUAAAGUUCAAGAUGGGCCGAAGGAAAAUUGGCCUGAAUGUGGAUGUCCUUGUUCUUCCUGUAAUACCACUCACCACCACUGAGGUUCCAGACAUCAGUCUUGAGGUUGAACUUGUUCCCAGAAGGAAACUCACAAGUUCUAUUGGGAGGACUGAGGAAUUUCUGGUGAACCCAGUUUGAGGACUGUUCAAGCUCAAUGCCAUGGACCCUAAGGAAGGAACUGGGUAUAUGAACUAAAGCCAGUGUGGCCCCUGAAACUUUCCCAAGUGGGAAUCUGAAUAUCUCUGUGGGAAAUGGGGGAUAUUUAAAGUGCAGAGACUCUGAUGUAUCACACCAAACUGCCCCCAUGAUCUAUAUUACAUCAUUUCAUAGUGUAAGCUAGCCAGAUUUAUAUGAAAGACAGCUUUUAUAUUAUUGUUGACAUUAUUUGUUGUUAAUAUUGUUAAUUUAUAUAUCUAUCAAAUGACACAUCGUAGCAAGAGCCAGAAUCAUGAAUAUGCGUGUUAUAAAUGAUUUAAAAAGGGAGACAAGCUAUUUAUGUAUUUGUGUACUUUUAUGUUUCUGAUUGAAGAGAAAUGCCCAAAUGUGACUCACUUGUUGCACCAUCGCAGGGAUAAAGUACUGUAAUGUAUUAUGCUCCAUGUUGAGGCUGAUGUGGUUCAGAUCAAACUGAAGGUGUUCAUGCAAGCAAAUGUUUCAUUUCACCCUGAUUAUUUAAGACCAACAAUAUAAUAUUUUGUCAAAUCUUU